ACGCCUGGCGAAGAGACACCGGCCAAGAAGCAGAGGAAGCCGCGAACCCGAAAGGCCAGCGGAGCGGUCGGGGAGGCCGACGGCGCAGAGCUGGUAGCGGUCGACACCACCACUACGACCACGACCACGACCACCAGAACGAAGGCGGCGAUGACGGCGGCGACAACGACAACGACGACCACCAUCAAGAGCAAGAAGAAGCCGGCCAAUCCAGUGAUUUCGCGGUGGCCGCUGCGUCCGGUGCUGGCCGACCAGCACAAGUACGUGAAGCUGAUCUCGUGGAACGUGUUCUCGCUCAACGCGAUCGUCGAGAAAGGCUCCCUCCAACACUACAUCAAGGAGGAGGAGCCCGACGUGCUGUGCCUCCAGGAGACCAAGCUGACCAAUUCCAAGAUUGAGCUCUUCAAGGGGAAGACCUUUCACAGGCCCGACAUCUACCAGUACGAAUUCCACAACUGCUCGACCGCGAUCAAGGGCUACUCGGGAGUGGCCAUGUACUCCAAAUACCGACCCCUCCGCGUCCACCACGGCAUCGGCGUAGAGGAGCACGACAACGAAGGGCGAGUGAUCACGUUGGAGUUUGCGGGGUUCUACCUGGUGGGUUCGUACAUCCCCAACUCGGGGGAUGAGCUCAAGCGGCUCGAGUACCGGCAACGCUGGAACCGCGACAUGGAGGCCUACCUCCUCUCCCUCUCCACCUCCGGACUCAAGGCCGGCCUCGACGUCCACCCGCACGGCCACGAGCUCGAAUAUCGGGUGCUGGACGAGAGCGAGCGGAAGGGCAAGCCGGUCAUCUGGUGCGGCGACCUCAACGUGGCGCACGAGGAGAUCGAUCUCCACGACCCGGCCAACAAUCACUACACCUCAGGCUUCACCGACGAAGAACGAGACGACUUCACGCGCGUGAUCAAGACGAUGGACUUCGUGGACAGCUACCGGCACGAGAACCCGACCCGCCAGAGCUACUCGUUCUGGUCCUACCGCUCCGCGGCACGGGCGAGGAACAUGGGGUGGCGGCUGGACUACUUCCUGUACCAGAGGGCGCUGACGCCAUACGUGCGCAAGGCCUUCAUCCGCAACUUUGUGCUGGGCUCCGACCACUGCCCCGUCGGCCUCCUUCUCGACCCUGCCCUCUUCGAAGUUGCGAAAGAGUAA